CAUCAUAUGAAUGGAAUGUUUAUUUUUUAAGGCUUUAGGAGCGUGAUUGACCGAAGGUCGGUGUGUUUUAGAAGAACCUAACAAUGAAUGCAGACGACAGUUUGGAGCUGGAGAGACUAAGAAAGGAAAAGAAGAGAGCGGAAAGAAAAGACAACCUGAAAGAAGUGGCUAAGCUGUGUAAUGUCAUUGGUGAACUGCUGGCCAAAAAUGGACUAUACCAAGACGCGAUUGCCGAGCAUUAUUCAGAACUUGCGUUGAGCGAAGCAUUGGAUGAUAGAAUAGGUUCUGCCAUAGCAUGUCGCAAAAUCGGUGAAUGCUUCUCAGAGAUCGGUGACUUUGAGAAAGCCUUGAGUCAUCAGAAUCGUUACUUGGAAUUAGCAAAAGUGUGUGGUGAUACAUUAGAAGAGCAGCGGGCAUGGGCAACUUUAGGGCGGACUUAUUUGCUGAAAUCUGAGGGAGUACGAGAGAGACCCGCUGUGAACAAGGCAUCCCAGCAGGCGGAGAAGGCCUUCAUCCACAGCUUGGAGGUGUGCGAAAAGCUGAAGGGGUCCAUCAAGAGAGAUGAACACAUGCAGAUGAAAGCCCGCCUUCUGUUGAAUCUAGGUCUGAUAUAUGAUGGGCGGGGAGAAUUGAAGCUAGCAGCAGACUACAUAAAGCAGGCUAUUGACAAAAAUGAAAAAUUCCAGCUGUUUGAUGACUUAUACCGCUGUCAGUUUGCCUUGUCAUGUAUGUACCAGCGCCAUGGCAACCUCAGUCAAGCUCUGCGACAAAUUGAUGAGGCUCAGAAAUGCGCAAAGAAACUUAAAGAUAAGCAGCUGGAGAGUGAGGCUCUGACACAGAAAUCUCUGUUAUACAGCCAGCUGGGAGACUACAGCAGUUCACGACGCACAUUAAAACACGCUCAUAAACUGGGUGCUGCAACUGUCCUGGAUGGAAAACAAAUCCAGAAAUCAUACAAUACAGUUGUUAGGAUGGAAGAAUUAACAGAUGACCUUGACACUGUCGCACCUGAUGAUCUUGCAGAGAGGGCUCGCCUGUACGAGAAACUUGGCGAUCUGGCAGCAGGAAUUGCAAGCUACAAACAGGCCAUUCACUUCUACCUAAAUCUGCUGGAUUGCUCUGUCAAACAGCAGAGGUGCGAUAAGGAUAUGAUACCCGUGUAUGUGUCACUGGCUCAGACCUAUGCUGAUGACAAACAAUAUGAUAAGGCCAUCGAAUAUUACAACAAAGAACUGAAGUGUCGGCAAGGAGACAAUGAACAAAUGUGUCGCACUAUGUUAAACAUAGCAGAAGCGGAGGAAAUGAGUGGUCUGGGAUACAGUGAUGUCAUGAAAUCCUACCUGGCAGCAUUUGAACACGCCAGGCUGGCCAAACAUCGUAAACUUCAGGUCCAGUCUCUGAGAUCAUUACUAGUAGUUCAAGAAACUGCUAAGCGGGAUGACCAUAGAAGGCAGACUGAGGCUAAACUGGAGAAGAUCAUAGAGAAGUAUGGGGAGCAGUCUGAAGAUGAGGAAGAUGGGGAGGGCUCAGAGGGGGGGAGCCAAGACCAGGAGGAUGAUAUUCCCAUAUCUGAUCUCUCAGAGACGGACGACAGUUGUGACGAGACUGGUCGACCUGCUGGAGGAGUAACACAGGUCAAACGCGGGGUGGGGCGACGUUUUACAGCUCUUAGCACAAAGAGAAAUGAAAAAGGUGAGACUCCGCUGCACCGAGCCUGCAUCGAGGGAAACCUGCGGAAGGUGAAGAAACUUGUGGAACAGGGCCAUCCUCUGAACCCUCGUGACUUCUGCGGCUGGUUACCUCUGCAUGAGGCAGCCAAUCAUGACUUCCCUGAGAUUGUGGAGUACCUGUUAACACACGGGGCCUGGAUUAAUGACAGAGGUGGGGAGCACUGCGGAGGGGUCACACCCUUACUAGACGCAGCCAACUGUGGGAACCUAGACGUCAUGACCAUCCUCAUAGACCAUGGGGCAAAUCUCCAUGCUAAAGAUGAUGAUGGUUCCACAGCCUUGGAUUGCCUGCGAUCUUGGCGUGAGCGCACUGAGGACACCCUGAGUGCUGAGGACAGACAAAAAAGUGGCGAGAUGGAGAACAGACUUCUUAGCAAAUUGGGAGUGAAAAAAAAGUUGUCGAAUCAUCUGACAUCUCUGAGAAAGAACAAAUCAGAGGAAGCAGAAGUUAGCUCCCUUGAUUCGGAGUUACCUGACAUACAGUCCAGCAGCCAUCAGCAUACACCCAGCUUGUCCAGCAAGAGAACAGGUUCAAGGCAAAUGGAUGAUGAUAGCAGUGACUCUGACAGUGAGGUUUACAUUCCUUCAUCAUCGGUGAACCAAUCAGAAUCUGCAAAAGAUUCAUACAAGACAGCAAUAGCAGCGGUUGGCUCCUCAGCCCUCAGACGUAACUCUCAAAUGACCAGUCAGAGGACUUCUAGCAUAAAUUCCAACAAGGCCUCCAACAGCAGACCAGCACUUGUUAACGACGAUGAGAUAGUGGGAGAUGAUUGGCUGAUUGAUGAUGUGAGGCCCUUGAGCAAGAAAAGAAAGAAUCCUGAGAUAGAAAAGCUGAUGACAACAGGUUUAAGGGAGGGUUCUGAAUGUGUUAAGAGACAAAAGCGUUCAGAUGAGGUUUUGUCUGAUACGGAAAAUCUGGAUCCAGAAUGUGUGGAACCCAGUGAUGUUGAAGAUGGUGGUGAUGGUGAUUUGAUGGUGGUCACUGCUGAAGAUUCGAAUGACUCCAAUGACCCUGACAUCGGCCAGUUUUUCAGCCAAGUAGUCCGGUCAGUUGUAUGCAGAAGUCCGUCCGUGGUGGGCAGCGGUAGGCCCACAAGGAGACAAAAACCAAGACAACUUAAGCUCACACGUUUACUGGCUAGAAAUUGCGAGGUUUCUACGAGCAAGAGAGGCAGUAUGAGUCAGUCAGAACCCACGGUUCCUUCAUCAAUUCCCACCCCUGCAGACAGCAGGUUGUCAACUGUGUCACAACCAGCUGCCAUGAAGGUCAAAGUUCGUGUAAAGGAUAAACUGCUCUUGAUUCCAGUACCUGCCAGUGACGUGGAGCGCCCAAUUUCCUGGCUGGCCCAGCAGACCUCUCAGAGAUACUACAACCUGUAUGGUGCAAGGCCGCUGGUACAGCUUUGUACACAGGAUGGCGCAGUGCUCUCCCCUGAUGACACCAUCAGCCUGGUGCUGACCACGGGAGAGGAGGUGGGAUCAGUAGUGGAGAGCUGGGACCUUCCUCCUCUGCAGCAGAGAUACACUCAGGCUUGUGCAGCUCAUAAAACUGUGGUGUACAGGAAUAUUCAGACUCUCCUGAGACAAACUAACCAGACAGGCCGGUUAACAUUGACAGACUUGUCCCUCCGUCCAGUCCAGGUACAGCCUGUAUUCAGGGCUCUUCAGUGUCAGAACAACCUCACUGAGCUCCACCUUCAAGGUAACAAGAUUGGUGACAUUGGCAUAAAGAGUCUGGCUCAGGUGUUGGAGUCUCUGCCUAACUUGUCACAGGUGGAUUUAUCAACCAAUCAGAUCACAGCUACUGGACUGAGGCAUCUCGCUGAGGCUGUUGAGAAAUCGACCAAUCAGGUGUCUGGACAGCAGGCACUUCAGGUUUUGAGGUGUCUACGUUUCGAUUAUAAUCCACUUGGAGAUGGCUGUGCACAGUUUCUUGUGUCUCUUAUCAAACAACUGCCAUUACUGGAGAGAUUGGGGCUGAUCAGUUGUCAGCUAUCUAAGAACCUCUUCCAGAAUCACAGGGUUCUGCUGGCUGAUGUGUUGAAAGCCUCUCCCCUGACUAAGUUAGAGGUGUCUCACAACCACCUGGGACCCACAGGAGUUGAACUGUUGUUGAAAUGUUUACUACCCACCAGGCUGACUGAGAUCGGUCUCAGGGCUACAGUGUCCUCGUCAACAGCCAAUCACAUCAGUAAAUACCUCGAAAACUAUACAGCUCAGACUGGGUGUGUACUGGAAAGGUUGGACAUCUCUGAUUGCCACUUUACAAGAGAAGAUUACUUUCCAUCUAGCCAGACUGUCUGUUAAUGGCAAAUUCCUCAGGCACCUUAUCUUGAACAACAACCCUAAAAUAGACAAUGAAUUAGUUGCAGAGGUCUUCCAUAGAGCCAGUGAGGUGAACACUGCUCUGGAACAUUUCGAGUU